AAUCAUUUGCGGUUUGCUUGUAUGCUCUAGAUUGGUGUUUUUUGUAUGAUUAAUAUGAAAAAAUUGAUGUUAAACUUUUAUUUUGAAAGAAACUUGUUAUUGUAAAUUUUUUACAACAAAAACCCACGGGUACCCAGCGGAUUGGGUUGGGUUUGAGUUUUCAAACCCAACGGGUUUUACUCCCGGGUUUUUUCGGUGGAUAAACCCAUGGGUUUGGGUUUGACAAAAUCCGCCCCAACCCGACCCGUUGCCAUCCCUACUUCCAGCCGACGAGAAAUAAAUGGAGAAGGAGGUUGAAGUGCCUGCUCCCACACCACAACCAGUGGUGAAGGAGUAUGUUCCUCAACUCCCCUUUCCUACCCGGUUCCACAAAGAUUGCCUGGAGAUUGAGUUCGCCAAGUUCAUGGCGAUGCUGAAGCAAGUCAACAUCAGCGCGCCCUUCGUGGAGGCACUGUCGAAGAUGCCCAAGUACGCGAAGUUCAUAAAGGAAUUCCUCACGAACAAGAGGAAGCUUGGGGAGCUCUCGACGGUGAUGCUGAAUGAGGAGUGUUCUGCCAUCAUGCAGAACAAUCUACCAGAAAAGCGUAAAGACCUAGAGAGUUUUACUAUCCCUUGCAUUAUGGGUAGCUUGCUGACACGCCUCUACCGUCACACUAGAAAGUGGCCAAGUGUAACCACCUACUAAUGUGUAGUAUAGCGGGUUCAGUUCUAAAUGUCAACCCGGGUCCUAGGUGUGAUGCCUACUCCGUGAAAAUCUUAUUAUUUAGCGGGUCAAGUGUAGUGAAGGUUUAGUUUAAACUAGCAGGCAAAAGCAGUAGAAGUUGUGUUCAAAGUUGAGAGAGGUCACCCAGAUAUGGUUUCCCUUAGACUGCAGUUAAGCCAUGUUGUAAUUCGCCAAGUUCAAGUUCAAUGAUAGUUAUACCGCGGGAGGUUCUUAAACAGUCUCUAGUCUCGACUAAAGGUCUACAGACCUUCCCAAUCUGAGUUCCCAGCGAGCGACUAACCUCCACCGGAGUAAACAGAUUGAGGCCCUAACGAACCAAACCUCCUCUACCAAAGUAAAUUUGGUGCAAAAUAGUGAAUCGACUCCUCAACUUAAGUCGCCGAUUCACUACCUUCAAUCAAGGGUGCUCUAUCAACCUAGGCAAAUAUUCUCUUUCUAGGUCAAAACAGUAAUAACAGGAAUUUGAUCAG